AACAAUCAUUGGAACCCAACCUGAGAUAGAGCUGUUGAGCUAGAAGUUAGCGCCCCGAGUUUGGAGUCUAAACUGCGAGCGACCUCACAAUCAUACACAAAUUCACACAGAACGACCACAGUGGUUAUUUUCUUAGUUUUGGAGAGGCUUGUCUCCCACACAGUAUUUAUUUCUUUAACCAGUGAAAAUAAUAAUAGCGAACAAUCAAGAUAUCUACGAAGCUGAUGCUGCGGGAACGUCAGUAACUCGGGGAGGGAGUGUGUCAGUGACAGUUCAGCUUCACGCGAAGGCGGGGAGAACGUUUACUGGUUCCAUGUCAGCACAAAAAGUACUGAGUAGAAGGUGAUAGAGAUGUCUGUUGAUAAAGAGCCUGUGCCCACCAAAAGUACCAAAUUGGACCCAGCACCACCUCUGCCGCCCCAGCAACACUCAGCAUGCCCUGGAAGCUUCAACAAUGCCCCAAAAGUGCCAGAGGCCGCCCUGGACAAUUCAGACAUCACUGAUGUUGUUGCUACCUGCCCCAUGCCAGACAGUGGUUCCCAAGCCAAACAGAGAAGUUUGACUCACCACACCGACCAGCAAGAGAGAGAUCGGCAGCAGGCUAUGGCAACUGAACAACACCUUAACCCUAAAAAUGGCUUGCAGCAACCCAAACAACAACAACAACAGCAGCAGCAGCAGCAGCAACAGAAGCUCUCUAAGCGCCGUAGCACAAUUAACGCUGGGUUUAAGCAUCCGGCAGGGAAGCGACGACGACGGGCCAACUCUGAGAGUGACUCGGUUCUACCCACCAACUUCCUGCUGGGGGGAAACAUCUUUGACCCCCUGAAUCUCAACAGCCUGCUGGACGAGGACGUGAACAGGGCGCUGAACGCUGAGACGCCCCGGUCCUCCCCCCUGCCCGCCAAGAACCAUGACCCGGUGGAGAUCCUUAUUCCCAGGGAUAUCACCGACCCCCUCAACCUCAACAGCGAGAUGGAAGGUAGGUGUGUCCUGGUCUCACCCUUCAAGAGCGGCGGCAGGCGACGACACCGCCACAGACACCAUGGAGGCGGAGGAGGCGGGGGGUCCACCGUUGCCGGGUUGAACCUGUCCGAUUCAGAGAGAGGUGCCGAAGUGACCAGCACCACCGGUUCCUCCCGGAUGAACCCGGUGUCGGCUAGUGCGGCGUCUGCCUCUGUCCAGGAAGAAGCCGCCGUGGAGCUGCAGGGAGGCACUGGGAUCAACCACUCCUGCAGCAGGGAUGAGGCCACGCUCCCAAUAUCUACUCCCCAGACCCAGCCUCGAGCCCCGGCAGACCCCUCGGGCACCGCGCACGGUGGCCUGAACCACCUCAGCAGCCGGCAACGCAAACGCAGGCGGAACUCUGGUAAGACGGAGGCCCCCGCAGCACAGUCCGCCCCCGCGGUCAGGUCGGGGGCCGAGGAGAGGGGCCGCGGGGGUGCGCCCGGGAGAAAUGCGCAUUCGUCCUUCCACACUCCGGUGGUCGGCCCCCGGGGCUCGUCCCAGGUGCCGGGUGGCCGCCAGCACGCCCAGAACCAGCACAAGCAGCCCCAUCAGAAGAAGAAGUUCCAGUAUGGCAACUACAACAAGUACUACGGCUACCGCAACCCUGGUUGUGGCGAGGACCCGCGUCUCCGCUGUCUCCGCCGGGAGUGGUUCCAGGGUAAAGCCGUGCUGGACCUGGGCUGUAACACGGGCCACCUGACCCUCUGCAUCGCUAAGACGCUGCGGCCUGCCCACAUACUGGGACUGGACAUCGACGGAGGUCUGGUGCAUGUGGCCCGCCAGAACAUCAGGCACUACCUAUCUGAGGUGCAGGUCCGGGAGGCCCGGAGGGCCGCCGGGGAGGAGAAGAAAACCGGCGGGUCCGAAGAGGAGAAAAAGGAGGAGAAGUCCGUCAAACGGGAGGAGAUGGGGGAGGAGAUGGGGGAGGAGACCGGGGAGGAUCCGUCCUGCACGGUCGGGCAGGCCCAAGGACAGGGCGAACCGGGUGGAACAGGGAGCGGCAGGUCCGAGAACGGAGAUGCAGGGAAACGGGUGAGGGAGGGUGGCGUCCCCGCGGUGACGGCCGACGGGGUGGUUAUGUCGCGUCACACGGAGAAAAGGGCCCUGGAGAUGGAGGAGGAUGAAGACGACUCUGCAGAGCCGGCUGUUGAACUGGGGACCAGCUCCUUCCCCGUCUCCUUAUGCCUCUCCAGGGGGCCAAUAGCAGCCCCUCCGCUUCCCCAAACCCCCGCCAUGCCUCCUGGCAGUUUCCCCUCCAAUGUCUCCUUUGCCAAGGGGAACUACGUCCUGGACAGCGAUGCUCUGCUGUUGACCCAGCGGCCGGAGUAUGACGUCAUCCUGUGCUUCAGCGUCACCAAGUGGGUGCACCUGAACUGGGGAGACAGCGGGCUGAAGCGCCUCUUCCACCGGGUCUUCCGACACCUGCGUCCUGGAGGCCUGUUCAUCCUGGAGCCGCAGCCCUGGAUCACCUACGGCAAGAGGAAGAGGCUCACGGAGAGCAUCUAUAAGAAUUACCAAAGCAUCCACCUCAAACCAGAAGACUUCUCCACAUAUCUGACAUCUGAAGUGGGAUUCUGUAGCUACGAGUUGAUCGGGGUGCCUAACACUUUGUCGAAAGGUUUUCAGAGGCCUAUCUACUUGUUUCAUAAAGGAACAUAAUGGUCCUGGAAGAUCAGUGUCGCAGCAGCCAAAACGUAAACCACCAUGAGACGCAAAACAAAUCAUCCGUUCUAAGAUCUGCCUUCAUCUCCAUCCUCUAAGCAUAUCUGUCGAAACCGGACAGACUCGGUCAGAACUUUGUGCGGGUCUGUUGUUCUGAAGGCAAGGAUUUCAAAAUCUGAGACUGGAUUUUAUAUAACAAUAAUCUGAAUGUUUCUUUACCCACAAAUCUGUACUCUAGAAAAUGAGAGGAAAAGCUUUGAACUCAAUCCUGAUUUUGGACUUUUUAGCAACUCAUGCACAGGCAAUGUGUCCAUCUCUUUUUACUACUGUUCUAACUCUUGUUCGGUCCAGAACUAUAUUUUUCACAGUUUUCUGUCAAGACGAGGUUCAUCAAAAUAUCAUAGUUUUCAUCUGUGAGGAUGGCCAACGGUUGUUUUCACGUUUUGUCAAUGCUACUCAUUUAGGGACAUUUCUCAAGCUUUUUAGAAGAACCGUUCUGCUUAUGAACACUUGGUUUCUGUGGCCUGACAGACUGCCCAGGAGAAGCUGUUCGAUUUAGUGCGUCUGCUCUGGGUCCCGAGUGCAUUUCCUGCAGAUCUCAUGUCUCAUGUACAUCGACUCCUCUCUAACUCUUGGUAGCGGAUUAAAGAACAACUGACCCCACAUGGACUUAGCUAUAAUGAAUUGAGGGGACGAUCAAUGUUUUUAAUUUGGCUUCAAUUGGAAUGAUUAUGAUUGUGUUCUUUUCCUUUCAGUAUUUUCACGCACGACUGUAUUUUUAUUGUUUUCUUUCAUUGGGAUCUUUUUGUCACGUGUUUAAACAGGAGUUAGCAGCCAGAUAAUAAUCAUAUCUACCCUAUACAUGGCCUCAGUGGUUUGUAAAUCAAAUGUUAAUCCAGCUCACUUUAACUCAAAUCAGUUCAUAAUCUUGUUUAUGCUUUACUCAGUUCUUAUGCUUAAUAUUUGUUUACUCUUACCAGCAGAUAGGUAGAUGCUGGUUUAGUUCUUAUGAAACGUUUUUGUUUGUUAAUAAAUA